AUGGUUUGCGCAAAAUGCCAGAAGCUCUCCAAGUCGACCACCCUCGCCACCCCGGGAGUCAAGAAGAGGAGUGAUAUGUACUAUGGUUCUCCCGCAGGAUCCUCCUCCAAGAGCGGUGACAAGGACAAGAGUAAAUCAGCGACUCUGGGAAACAAUGGCAUAGGAAAGAGUAAACUCCUCUCCAAAGCUGCCAGGAACCCGUAUGCGUCGUACUCCAGCUCCUGCACCACCUGCAAAACCAAGGUUGACCAGGGGCGAACAUACUGCCAGAAAUGUGCAUAUAAAGCAAAUGCAUGUGCCAUGUGUGGCAAAGCAAAUUCCAAAUCAACAGCCGCUGCUCCUGUGAUUGCCGGCCAGAAGUUUACACUGAAAUAA